GUACUAUGAUAAACACUUGAAAUACAAAUGCAAAGUGUUUGUUCAUGAAAUGUGUCUGAACUAUUGUGAGCAUAGAUUUAGCGUGAUUUUAAUAAAAUGACGAUUCUUUUCAGUUUCUUGAUUUUAAUCAACGCUGAUUUUGUCUUUGGACUUUCAAGCCCCGGUUCAACAUCUACCACAAAAUAUGCAUCUAAUUCCCCCGAGAAAAAUUUUCACAGUGAUGCAGCAUUCUUACAUCAGAUCCUUCCUCAAGAAACCACACUUAGAAUGGAGCUAGAAAGGAAUGCUCGAGAUCUAAUAAAGCAAUUUGAACGAAUGAAAAAGGACCAAGCUGCAGCUGAAACGGAAAUUAGUAUUCUGUAUAUUCCAAUCCCAGGCCAGACUAUAUGGCAGUGUGAUUUUGCAAACAUAACAAAAGAUUUUCAGAAUUUUAAGAGGGAAAUUAGGUACAUUUCUCUCUCAUUUAUAGACCUGGAGAGAGAAACAGAAGCUAUGAAUUCGAAUAUUUUACAAACUGUUAACAACAGUGCAAAUCUGAUUAAUCAUGCAGAUUUGAAAGAUCAACAACGAAAUGUUUCAAAUACAAUAAAAGGUAAUCAUUUUCUCCUUAUUUUAUAUCCUCCAAGACCCUGA